ACAAGAGAUAAAGAAAAUGGACUCACAUACAAAUCACUGUCCGUAAGAGUCCCCAACCCUUUUCCCACCAGAUAGACGAACGAUCCAAUGGGGUCCCUUACCCAGGACCCAGGUUUUUUUUAAUCAGACCCAAGGUUGAUCAAAUGCGUCAACAAUAUAAUCACCUGUUAGACUGAUAAAUUGCUGAGUAAUAGUGUCUCUCUCCAGGAUCAGAGUUGGGGAAUCCUGCAAUAGAUGUUUUCUUGUUUUUUUAUUAUUUGACACGACAGUUAUACACAUUAAAGCCAUAGCACAGUACACAGAGGGUUUUCUUCUCAUCGUCAUUUGUGUAAAUUUUAACCACAAGACAAACAGUUCUGAGCAAAAUCAAUACAGCCCCCUCUGCAGCGGCAGCUCAUCACAGGAGUGACUGAUUACACAACCCUGUUAUUGGAACACCGACUGGAAACAUGAAGCUUCUCCUGAUACUGUGUUUUUGGAUUUGUUUUCUGAUUGAAAAUAACAAAUGCACUCCAAAACACGAUCAGGUGUUCUCCAUCACCUCAAAAACAGAGGAGGAAGUAAGCAUCGUCAGAAACGUGUCCAGCGAUUAUGAGACGGUGCUGUGGCAGCCUGCAGCUCCUGGGUACAUCAAGCCCAAUAUGGAGGUGCACCUGUUUGUCCCUGGAUCCAGCCUGACCACUGUGAAAGAUCUACUGACCAAACACCACAUCUCACACCAGAUUCUGCUGCAUAACACCCAGGAGCUGAUAGAGAAGCAGACCCAGAGCAAUGCCUCGGACCCGCGCAGCAGUGGCUCCUACUACGAGCGCUACCACCCCCUGGAGGACAUCUAUCAUUGGAUCAAUAAAACCAAACACGAUCACCCAGAGAUGGUGGAGGUCAUUCUGAUUGGAUCCUCAUAUGAAAAGAGACCACUUCUUGUUCUAAAGCUGUCAGGGAAGGGGGGAAGUCAGCCGAAGAGAGCCAUGUGGAUAGACUGUGGGAUCCACGCCAGAGAGUGGAUCUCCCCAGCGUUCUGCCUCUGGUUUGUCAACUACGCAAUUGAUUUCUACAAUAUAGUUGCUGAUAUCACUGAAAUCCUGGACAGCAUGGAUGUCUAUGUGCUUCCUGUGAUGAACCCGGAUGGGUAUAAAUACACAUGGACCACAAACCGCAUGUGGAGAAAGAACCGCUCCUGGCACCCAGAAAAUUACUGCCCGGGAACGGACCUCAACAGAAACUUUGAUGCAAACUGGUGCACGGAGGGCUCCUCCAGCAGGGCCUGUGAUGAUACGUACUGCGGCCUGUUCCCCGAGUCGGAGCCUGAAGCAGAGGCCGUGGCUAACUUCCUGCGCAGCCACAAGUACACAGUGAAGCUGUACCUGUCCAUGCACUCCUACUCCCAGAUGCUGCUCUUUCCCUACUCCUGCUCCUACCAGGAGGCCAGCAACCACCAGGAGUUGAAUGAGCUUGCUCAAGAGGCAGCACAGAAGAUCAGGAUGUAUUACAGGAACACUUACAAAUAUGGAGCUGGAGCCAGAACUAUAUAUCUUGCCCCCGGUGGCUCUGAUGACUGGGCCUAUAAGCUGGGAAUCAAAUACUCCUUCACCUUUGAGCUGCAGGACAGGGGGCGCUACGGCUUCCUUCUGCCCCCAGAACUAAUCUCCAAAGCCUGCAACGAGGCCCUCACAGCGCUCAAGACCAUUGCCCUCGGGGUCAUCAAGAAAACCCAGUAACCCUGCCGCAAUACUCCCACUAUAACGUCCCAAACUAUUAUACUACAAAACCCAGUAACCCUGCCGUAAUACUCCCACUAUAACGUCCCAAACUAUUACACUACAAAACCCAGUAACCCUGCCGUAAUACUCCUACUAUAACGUCCCAAACUAUUACACUACAAAACCCAGUAACCCUGCCGUAAUACUCCCACUAUAACGUCCCAAACUAUUACACUACAAAACCCAGUAACCCUGUCGUAAUACUCCCACUAUAACGUCCCAAACUAUUACACUACAAAACCCAGUAACCCUGUCGUAAUACUCCUACUAUAACGCCCCAUUGAACUAUUAAACUAUGCCAUUGGCUUGAUCCUGCCAGACAUUUUAGUGUUUAACCAGUGUUGUGUUUGAUCAUUCAGAACAGAUGCUUGUCUGAUUUUUUCCCUCUUUCAAAUCAAUAAUUACAUUGUCUUUUUGCACUAAAAUUUUAACGUAAUCCUGAAUGUGCAGCCAUCCUACAUAACGUUCACAAAUGUAGCUAUCAGCUGGAGCUGCAAUCAUUUCCCAGGUAUAUCGUAUAAAUUUAUCUAAUGAUGUGCACACCUCUAAAACCCCUUAAAGUAAUCCAGGUGAGGUGGUUUGCUUGACAGCAGUGCCCUACUUAGGAAGUGAACCUGCAAUCUCUAACGCACAGUUUCACAAAUAUUAUACUGAACUACUGCUUUAGUACACCUACAAAUGUAUUAGGCAUUUAAUAGUGAUACAAUUUAAAUAGAAUUCAACUUCAGAUACAUUUUUGAAAGUACAUAUUGCCAUGUAAUCUUGAACUACUAUGUUCUGUUCUGCUGAUCAUUUUUAACUUGUCUUAGAUAAAAAAACAUGUACAAAUA